AUUCGAAAAAAUCCAUACAUUAAUCAAUCAAAAUCAAUUUUAUAAUCAACAAGCGAUUAUCUUCAUCACUUAUUGAUUACAUUUAUUACAUCAUUUUGUGUGGCGUUUUUUUAUUUAUCACAUUAUUUGUUUGAUUUGAUUGUUGCUAACAAAUACGAGGAUUAUCUUACAAAUAAAUUGGCGAGCAUAAAAAAAUGUCGUCUCUUCAAUCAUACAUAAAUAUUCCAAAAGAUCUAUUAUACCAUUGUUUUUCUUAUCUAAAUUAUUCAAGUCAAAAAAUGGCCACACAAUCUGCAACACCUAAAUUGGAUUUCAAAUUAAUUACCGAAUAUUAUUCAUCAUCACCAUGGAUAAAAAUUGCUGCUAUUACCGGUGCUGCAGCCGUUGUUAUGGGUGCAUAUGGAGCACAUGGAUUGAAAAAUACAGAAAAACGAGCAAUUUAUGAAACAGCCAAUAAAUAUCAUUUUUAUCAUUCGUUGGCAUUAUUGGCAACACCGUUUGUACGUAGAUCUAAUUUGGUUGGUAGUCUAUUCCUUGGUGGUAUUGCCAUAUUUUCUGGAACAUGUUAUUGUAAUGCCAUCACUGAUAAUAAUUUGGUCGUACGAUUCACACCAAUUGGUGGUAUGAUGUUCAUUUUAGGAUGGUUGGCAAUGUUUAUUUAAAAAACUCAUUCUAUGAUUAGAAAUUAGUGGGGGGAAAAAAAUAUCAAUACAAAUGUGAACAUAUAUUAUUAUAUUAUUUAAAUUGAAUAAAUAUUUUUUCUUUC